AUGGAGAUUGUAAAAAUUGAGUCGAAUUUACAACAGCCACCGUCGGUUGUUACACAACCGCAGCCACCGUCGGCGCCACAGCCACAUGCCUUGCCUCCGACAAGCGUGCCCACCACGCAACAACAACAACAGCAACAUCACCUACCGCUCGACUAUAGUCUAGGAAAUUUUAAGCCUGCUGUUGCCUCUGAUUUCCCCAGUAAUUUCGUUAGCACCGGCAGCGGCGUUGGCGGCGGCAGCACAACGGGCAGUUUGCCCUUACGCGAUUUAAAUAUGCGCUCCAAUAUGGCCACGACAAUACCAAAUCCAACGCAAUUAUUACAACAACGCGUUCAACAGCAGCAACAACAACAACAGCAUGGCAACGAUCAGUCACAAGAUUAUCAGCCGGUAUCGGCUUUUAAAGCCGUUUUGCCCAAGAAGAAAAUCGCCGACGAUGAGCUCGCCUUCAGCAUUAAUCGCCUUGUCAAAUCAGAGCAUUUGCCCAGUCAUCAUCCAGCUGCGCUGCUUACGACCAGCCCAGCGGCUGCCGCUGCUGCCAAGCAUGAUGAAGACAACAACAACUCAAUUUGUAUAUUGAGCAAAAAUCAAAUACUACAAUGGAAACUACAACAGCCAUUGAGUGGCGUUGGCGAACAUCAGCGCCCAUUCAUCGUACGCGAUAUGAAUUCGAGAUCGCGCAGUCAUUCGCGCACCUCAUCAUCACAAAUCGAUCUCGACGAUGACAGCAAUUGUCGUCGUUCGUUACAUUCCCGCUCGCGUUCACGUUCGAGUUCGCUGGAACUCGAAGUUGAUUCACCGCCACCGCCUGCCUCACAUCACACCAACCGGUCCAGUCCAAUCUGUUCGCCACCACCGACCACCGCGGAACUAUUGAUUAGCUCCAGUCCAAAAAAGUCUGAAAUGUUUUCGGUGUCCGCGUUAUUGCGACGCGAUGAGCCAGUACAUGGGGCGGCGGCGGCGGCGGCGCCAAUGCGUCCAACGCAAAAAUCACCCACAGCAGUGAGCAUACCCGUAGGUGUGAAUCCCUUCGAGGCAUUUCGCAACGGUUACACGAGUAGCGGUGGUGGUGGUGCGGGCGGCAGCGGCGGUGGCUAUGAGCCGGCAUUCUUUCAAAGACCACUACUGUCACCCGCUUUCCCGUUCGCCUUUGCCGCCAUUGCAUUCCACCAGGGCCAACAAUCUGGUCUGACCUCAGCCUACCAUCCCGCUUCACAGGAAGAUCUCUUUCGUCUACGCAACUUAAUGGUGCCGCUGCAGGCAGGCCAGAAUGGCGAUGCGUCUGGUCUGCCACCGAAUUCCCAUCUCGGCCUGCCACAUCCACCGCAUCUGCAUUUUCACCACAUGGCCAAAUGGCCAGGCCUGCCGCAAUUCAGUGACCUUUACUCAUGCAUGAAGUGCGAGAAGAUGUUCUCCACGCCGCACGGACUCGAAGUCCAUUCACGACGUACGCAUCACGGCAAGAAGCCCUACGCUUGCGAACUCUGCAACAAGACCUUCGGUCAUGAAGUUAGUUUGAGCCAACACAGAGCUGUACACAAUGUGGAGAAGGUCUUUGAGUGCAAACAAUGCGGAAAACGCUUCAAACGCUCCAGUACGCUGUCCACACAUCUGCUAAUUCACAGCGACACCCGGCCUUAUCCGUGCAGUUAUUGCGGAAAACGUUUCCACCAAAAAAGUGAUAUGAAGAAGCACACCUACAUACAUACAGGCGAAAAACCACACAAAUGCACGGUGUGCGGCAAGGCGUUCAGCCAAAGCUCCAACCUCAUCACACACUCACGCAAACACACCGGCUACAAACCGUUCGCCUGCAAACUUUGCCACAAAUCGUUCCAGCGCAAAGUCGAUCUGCGACGGCAUAAAGAAACCCAACACACCGACUUAAGGCCACUGAUCGAACGCAAUCUCGGCGGCAAGGUGGAGUUCAUGGCCGCCGCAGCAGCAGCGGCAGCAUCACAAAUGGGCCAACAUGAAGGUUUGACGUCCACUAUGGGUGGUCAUCAUGAUGGUGGUGGAGGUGGUGGCGGCGUCAUUGGCAGUAACAACAUGGGAGCUGCUGCUGCGGCAGCGGCGGCGGCAGCUGCAUCCUCCAUCAAUACACAAUUGGCAUCAAUGAAUUGCCAAAAAGUAUCUUUGCUGGUAUAACAGGCACAAUAGCAGAGACAACAAUUGCAAUUACAACAACAGCAUGAAAGAUUGUUGGAACAACAGCGACGGCUGCAGCAAUGCCUCAAAGUCGAUUAGGUGUGAGGCGCGGGAUAUUCAGCAAUCAAAGGAUAAUUACACUAACAACGAUUAUGUGCAAUAAGAUUAAAUAAAAAGAACAAAUUCGAAGAUUAUAAAAUGCGGAAUAAUUGCUUACGAAAAAUUCCAUGUACAGUUAAUAUGUCUACAGCAAAAAAACAAACAACAAAAACAAAGCAAACAAACACAGUCUGCGUAACUCUUCAAAUUUCCAGUGUUGCCAAAGCAAAGCAAUAGUUUUGCGCUUAUUUUUUAUUUUUAAUUUAAUAUGUUAAAAAUUU